GGCUGCAUUCAUGGCGGCCCCGUGCAGGGCGGUGAUCGUCCCUGGGAACGGGGUCGGGGAUGUGGCCACCCACGGCUGGUACGGCUGGGUGAAGAGGGGGCUGGAGCAGAUACCUGGUUUCCAGUGUUUGGCUAAAAACAUGCCUGACCCAAUCACAGCUCGAGAGAGCAUCUGGCUGCCCUUCAUGGAGACGGAGCUGCACUGUGACGAGGAGACCAUCAUCAUAGGCCACAGUUCUGGGGCCAUUGCAGCCAUGAGGUACGCAGAGACCCACCGGGUGUGUGCUAUCGUGUUAGUGUCUGCGUACACGUCUGACCUGGGGGAUGACAAUGAACGGGCAAGCGGAUACUUCAGCCGCCCCUGGCAGUGGGAGAAGAUCAAAGCCAACUGCCCUCACAUUGUGCAGUUUGGCUCCACCGACGAUCCUUUCCUUCCUUGGAAGGAACAACAAGAAGUAGCCAACAGGUUGGAAGCCAAAUUGUACAGAUUCACUGACCGUGGCCAUUUCCAGAACACGGAGUUUCAUGAACUGGUUAGUGUGGUCAAAUCCAUGCUGGAAGUGCCAGGAUAGCCAGGGUCGUUCCUGCUGUUCUGUAUAACAACAUGGGAGUAGGGCCACGAUCAGAUUAUUAACAGAUGACAGUCAUCUAUUAUCACAUGAAUAACAGGCAUGCAAACCAGAUCAAAUUAAGGUCCAAAAAACACACGUUUCAAUGUUCAAACUAAAUUACAAACAGUAUUUUCAUUUUCCAUAGAAUCUACAUCUCCUCAAACUGCUCUGACCUAAAACAGUAUUUUUCCCAUUUGAUAGGGACAUGGGACAGCUUAACCACCCUUACCUAUCCAAAGGGAGUAAGACAGAAACGAAACCCAGGUUUCCUGAUCCCUAGUCCAGAUUAAAACUAAACAGCUUUCAUGUUAUGCUGUAGGAGUUGCAGCAUAACAUGUCCUUAACAUGUUGAGAGAGUGACACACAAGGAGGUUGAGGCAGGGGUCUGCAGGGUCAGGCAGGGAUCGGUCUAAGACCAGACUGGCGAGCAUUAGGGUGAUGGGGAGAACUCUUGCUGGGCCCUGUCUGGAUUGUUGCCAUGUGGGAAUUUGGCAAGGCAUUGCCAGUUUUCUGAUUUUCAAGGAAAAAAAUUAAUACACUUUUGUAUUUAGGGACCAUAAGUGUAUGUAUAUAUAAUCCACAUGUACAUGAAUUACAUUCAGUCCACAGACAUAUGCGUUAUGUUAGUUGGCAACUACAGUGUAAAUAAAAAAUUUGCAAACACAGCAAGACACAAAGUCCAAGACAUCCAUGUGUGACCUCUGCCGUAAGUAUUCACUUAGCCAGUGCUUUAGAGCUUGAGAAAAGCCUGAGAAAUAGACAUGACGUCAAAGGAUGAAAUCAUGGGAACAGUUUGGAUUUUGUUACAAAGUCUUAAAUAUUUUUAAAAAUGAUCUUUCCAUAUCUCAAAUUUUGUUCUGUUAAGUGUUCUACCUUUUAAUUUCCAUGGUCCUUUAUAUCUCUUUCAGCAUCAUUCCAUGAUUUUUCUUCUAAUCAUACUUCCUCAAAAAAAACCCUUUUUCAUUUUCCAACGUUUUUUGUCUAUUAUUAUCCCCAAGUAACAUCUCAAAACAAUUUCCAGUAAACUCACACCUAAUAUUUGCUGCAAUAAUGUGAAUUCCCACACUGUUCAUACCUAAUGAAAAUUCAAAGCCAUCAUUUGAACCUGAAAAAGCUUUUGAUUUCUAAAUGUGCUCAAAAAAUGUCAGGAGAGAUUCUCUAAAUUUUUAGCAGCAGUUAUCUUAGGGGAUGGGAAUUUUGGUAGUUAUGGUGUGGUGGAUGUCUCCUUUUUACAUUAUACACCUGGGGAUUAUUUGAGUUUGUGCACUGUGUCUUUUAUAAUUAAAAAUAAAGAUUAAAAACAGUUUAUUUGACAAGUUAGUGAAAAACAAAGUAGAUAAAUCCAUUGAAUACUUUUCUUAGAGAAGCUGUUUAGCAUUGAUUUGACCAAGCCUAUAAUCAAAGCCUGAUUCUAUUUGAAUUAUUUGGAAGUAGUCAUUGUUCUCCGUAUUCUCUGCCUUGUUUUCUGAAGUCCUUUCUUAAAAAAAUUUACAAACUUAUACAAGUAACAGUUCAUAAUACUUUAUUGUCCUCUUCCUCUGUAGAAAAAACCAAAUAUAUACAAUUGAGAAAUAAUUUGAUAUUCUUCAUUCCUAUAAAAGUAACUUGAAUAUAGAGGCAUACGAUGGUUAAGUUGGGCUGAUAGUACGGUAACCAGUAACCACAGGGUGCCAGCAAAGAAAACGUUCAGUUCUUCAUUCACAGAAGCCACGGUUCAGGUGCUCACCAGCCACGGCUGACUAGUGGCUUCCUUACUGGACACAGAUAUAGAGCAUUUCCAUCCUGAUAGAAGGUUCUAUUGGACAGCACUGCGCUAGAGCGCGUGUUACAUGCUUCCCUCACCCACCACCAACGUAGAAGUGACUCAACCUGACGUUACUUUUGUUUGACUAGUUUGCUUAGUUGAUCAACAUAAAAAUUAUGAUCCUAUAAAACUUACUCAUCACCAAACUAAGAGAUCAGAGGAGUUUCAAGGAAGAACCCCACAUGGACUAUUCAUUUAAACCGUCAAAUCAUGGCCUUUCAUGAUUCUCUGUUUGACUCUCUACAGAUCUUUAUAAAGCAGAGAGGGGCCUUGAUAGACUCUAGGGAAUAUCUAUUUUCAGGUGAGCAAAAUACCUUACACUAAAUGGAAAUCAAGUGUAAGGUUAGGACUUUACUUACAAUUUGAUUUUUUGGUGUUGUUGUGAGUCUAGAGCACCACAAUUUGUUUUGGUCAAAAUUUACUCCUGUAGGGUAAAUAUCCAUUUAAUGAUAAACAGAGGUGCUGUAUUUUAAAAUUGUUGUCUCGGGGCUUCCCUAGUGGCUCAGUAGUUAAGAAUCUGCCUGCCAGUGCAGGGGACACGGGUUCGAGCCCUGGUCUGGGAAGAUCCCACAUGCCGCGGAGCAACUAAGGCCGUGCGCCACAGCUGCUGAGCCUGCGCUCUAGAGCCCGCGAGCCACAACUACUGAGCACGUGGGCCACAACUACUGAGCCUGCACGCUAGAGCCCGCGUGCCACAACUACUGAAGCCCAUGUGCCUAGAGCCCAUGCUCCACAACAAAGAGAAGCCACCACAAUGAGAAGCCCGCGCACCACAAAGAAGAGUAGCCCCCACUCGCUGCAACUAGAGAAAGCCUGCAUGCAGCAACGAAGACCCAACGCAGCUAAAAAAGAAAUUUUUUUUAAUUUAAAAAAUAAAUAAAUGAAUUAAAAAAAAAUAUUGUCUCUAUCCUUCUUUAGUUAAUAUUCAGAAUGAAAAACAUGCUAAGGGAAAAAAGUUUAUAGGAGCUCUUUAUUCUGGUAGGCAAGGAAUACUUUUGUUUUAGCCACUGAUUGUAAACUUAAAAAUCUCUGGCUGUCAAGAUAUAGUACAAAGUCUGUAUUUAAAAAACUGCUUCCUUCGUUCCACUUCUAAGUCUCCUCCAAGCUCAGUUUUGUCAUUAAAUAAGACGAGCGCCCCUGAGACAGGCCAGGUCCCAGGAAGGGCAGAUAUUGUUCUUAGCAUUCCAGCUCUUACUGAGAGUGGAUCGGAAACCCUCUGUAGUUUCAGGCUCCCAGAUUCUUCUGGAUCUUACACAUCUAGUACUUGAAAUGAUCUUUGUUUCAAAGCACCAGUGUCAUCAAAUGCUAAUUCUGUACAGCUGGCCACAGAAUUUAUCUGGUUCUUAAAAAUUGGAUACUGCGCUGAAUUUUAUUUUACUGUUUAUCUCAAAAUAACCCUUGUGUUGGUUCUCCAAACCUGGUGUUUGAACUCGGGCCCCAGCAGAGCUUUCCUUUCCCUCGGUCCCCCACUUUUGGCCUGGACACAGAAACUUUUAAGUGGCGCUACAAAGUGAAAAUAUGACAGCUGAGAUCCUAAAAAGACCUAUAGCUAACUUCCGUGUAACAAUACAUCAAGUAACCUAUUGUUUUCUGUUUAGCUGAAGAUUGGGACUGAAAGUGCAAUUAGAACUGAGGACAAUUAUAAUGGCUUCCUGCUUAGUU